AUGGAGGCCACCAAAGCCCUGGCCCAGAGACUCAGUCUACGGCGACGAGGUUCACGAUGGAGAGACAGGAGAUGGAGCGCCACCAAGUCGGCAGCCGGAGACACCCCUGCUCCUGCUUCUGGCGCUGGUGAUCCACCUGUGAGGAAGGCGACCGCGCCCACACCGGCGCCUGCGCCAGCAGCCACAACCACAACCACAACCACAACCACAACCACCACUACCCCAACCGAGUCUGAUCCUGUAGAUGUGACGACGGCCGAACCCAAGAGGGAGACUGCUUCGAGCCCACUUCAAACCGAUGAGGCCAUCCCAAGCCCAGGCUCGGGCAUAUCGCCGACCACCAUCAUCACGCAACCGCAGCCCCGGUCACCGAAGCAGACGGAGCACAGCGGAGACCCGCUGAAGAACUCUGGCGAGCGCGUCACUGACUCCGUCACGGAAAUCGAGUACUUCCCAAAUGUAGCGACGCCGGACACGCAUAACGAGGAUACUAGCCCUGCAGAAGACGCCCAAACCAGCAAGAUCACGUUCGCCAUACCGACCAAGGGCCCAAAGGAAGACGAGAGCGGCCAGGACACAGGCCGACAAUCCGACGAAGUCGAAACCGUUACCUCGAGCGCUUCUCCCUCGACCGCCGUCAGCCCCAGAGAGUCUCAAGACGACUACGACGAGGAUGCCGGGCGCUCGAGUACGCUGAGUGGAAUCAGCGGGAACGGAUCACGGCAGUCGAGCAUCAACUCGGUGGCGUUUCAGUUGCCCAACAUGUCGCUGCCGCAGGGUCGCACGAGGCAGCACAAGAACUCUCCGCCGCCACUAUCAAGGUUUCGAAAGCAUGUAACUUUCAACAACGUGCAGAUCGGCGAACCUACGAAAAACAAUUUCCCCUCGUAUACUCUGGUCGUGCGCCACCUCGGUUUCUAUUCGAAGCGACGCUCACGGACCUUCAUGGUCGGUAUCGACGACCAUCAAUACUCCGACGAGGCUCUGCAGUGGCUGUUUGACAAGUUUGUUGAAGAUGGCGACGAGAUCAUCUGUGUGCGGGUUGUUGAGAAAGACGUCCGCCAGCUCGAGACCGACAGGAGAAUACAAGACUUCCAACAGGAGGCCAAUGCUGAGGUAGAAAGGAUCAAGGCCAAGAGCGGCGACGGCAAGGCCAUUAGUAUCGUCCUUGAGUACGCUGUGGGUAAGCUCCACUCGACGUUUCAACGCCUGAUACAACUACACCAGCCUAGCAUGUUGAUUGUCGGCACAAGAGGACGAACCCUGGGGGGAUUCCAGGGGCUCAUGGCCACGCGAAACUCGUUUUCAAAGUACUGUCUGCAGUACUGCCCAGUACCGGUCGUGGUUGUCAGGCCCGACGAAAAGAGACAGAAAAAGAAGGGCAAGCGUGAUGCGGACCCGGAGAAACAGAGCUACCGACAGAUGCUGCAGUCGAAUCAUGGGAUCCAUGAGGCAGAUAGCGAUGCUGCCAGUAACUGGGGAAUCGAGUCCAAGUUGACUGCCGACGAGGAGGCCGGAAAGGUGGCGAGGGCGAUGGGGUUGCCAGCCAAGUUUGAUCCAACCUUGAAGCCAUUCAAGAAAGCGGAGCGGCAGCGCAGCUCCCUGAGCCAGAUCAGCCAGGUCACCAGUACGGAGGAGCCCGGACGGCUUAUAUCAACUCCAACAAUGACACCGACUGUCAGCGCGGCGAACAGCGAAGACGAAGGCAGCGGAGACGAGGACGAGGACGGAGAGGGUGAGUUUGAGGUCACCAGUGGGGCACAGCUGCUCAAGGCGCAGAGGAAAGAGCUCGAGGAGAAGCAGAAGGAACAAGAGAAGAAGGACCGCCUGCACAAGAUGGAGGUUGGAGAGGCGGCAGCGUUGCUGAAGCACAAACCCGGCGAGGAGGAAGAUGACGACGACGAUGACGAUGAAGACGAUGAAGAUGGCGGAGGUGCCAUCAGGGCAACGUCACCGGAGUGA